AUGCAGCAGAUGCAGGAAAGGACGAUCGCAGAUGAGAGGGAUUGGCAAACCGUGAGCUGCGGGGGGCUACACACUUGCGCUAUCCGUCGCACCAACGAGCUCCCUGUCCUCUGCUUCGGCCGAGGAGCAGAGGGGCAGAAGCAACCUCCUGUCGCAACAGGAUGGUCCAAGAUCUCGAGCGGAUGGAAGUUCACUUGCGGGAUUCUUCUUAGUAGCAGGCUGUACUGCUGGGGAGACAACAGCUGGAAAAAGCAUGCGUGCGGCAUCGCUCUGCCCGACAAGUCGCUGCGAUGCUGGGGAGAGAACAAGAACGGGAAGACGCAGGCGCCAGCAGGAAGCGGUUACGUGAGUGUCUGCAGCGCUACUGAGCAUUCUUGUGCGGUGGACGGGAAAGGGAAGUUGACUUGCUGGGGUCUUGAUGGCCACGACAGAACCAAAGUCGUACAUGGGGGAGCCAACGUACGAGGGCAGGCCACUGUUCCCCAGCGGCAAGAACAGGUUCCCAUCCUCGGGAAUGCGACGGCUGAGCAGCUGGACGGCUCCUACGACCCGACGACGUUCGCCAUGAUCAACUGCAGCAACGGCAAGUGCAUGAGGACGAGACCUUACCACUGGCUGUCCUUUUCCGUCGGGUACCAUCACGCGUGCGGCAUCUUCCUCCGCGAUCCUGCCGAGCGGAUCUGCGGGGCCUCGACGUCUCCUGGGAAGAACGCCUUGUGCUGGGGUGACUACGCGUACGACCAGGCAAGUGCUGAGAGCUGA